UUCGUUCACACAAACACACAGACACGCGUGCCCCGUCCCUCGAGCUAGCUAGCAGCCGGCUAUAUCAAUCUCCAGUUAAUUCCCAUCACCCACUAUGAGUGAACCAGUGGAUGGACGUACAGAGAAGGUGCCACUGGCCGUGGUGAUUGUGUAUGCAUUUGACUGCACCACAUCGACACCGGACUGGUAUAAGGUAGAUAGUGUCUUUUGGUUGGUGCAAGAGAAGCUCACCCGCAUUAGGGGUAGCAGCCUCGGCUACGCAUAUGUCAUGUCAACCCCUAAUACUUACACGUCAGAUAUGAAAUCAGUUGACUAUGCUGAGAUAAACGGAAAUGGCUACAAAAGUAGCCCGUCCUGGAAAAGGACCGCCUGUGUCAAAUACAUGACAGGACUCUAUGAAGCACAUAGACUAAUCAAAGAUCAUGGGAACAUGAAUGCAAUCAUCUUGUUCUUUUCUGAUGGGUUGGUCAACAAAGGCGACUUCUUUGACGGAGCUGAGGACUUCCUCUCCAGUGUGCCCGUCUACACGUUUACCCUCGGCGGAGAUGCAUAUAACCAUGGUCUUCGCACCAUUGCAGCAAAUUCCCCAGGCGGGAUGUUCAGCCCCCUCCCUGUUCCGGACUUGCCAAGCCUAUCUGUGCCCUUCUCCCAACUCUUGGAUAACAUCCUUAAUGAUACCACGAUGCACAGUGAGAAAAAUCCUAGUCCCACUUCAGGGAGGUGGCCUUUAAAUGUAGUGAUUGUGUCGGCAUUUGAUUGCACUACCUUGACACCGGCUAGGGACAAGGUGAAUCGUGAGGUUUAUUGGUUGGUGCAAAAGAAGCUAACCCAAUUUGUGAAUAGUUGCCUUGGCUACACAUACGUCAUGUCGACCCCUAACAUGUACACAUCUGAGAUGAAACUAGUUGACCGCACAGAGAUAGAGGCAAAUGGGUACACAAGAAGCUCAGCUUGGCGAAGGGAUUCAUGCAAGAACAACAUGGCAGCUGGCCUCGUUGAGGCACAUAGACUGAUCAGCGACCACGGGCACCUGAAUGGCAUCAUCUUGCUCUUCUCUGAUGGGUUGAUUAACAAGGGCGACUUCUUUGAUGGAGUUCAGGGCUUCAUCUCCAAAGUUCCAGUGCACACAUUUACUCUUGGUGGAGAUGCAUAUAACCAAGAUCUUCUCACCAUCGCAAUAAAUUCACCGGGAGGCACGUUUCACACCCUCCCCGUCCCGGAAAAACCGAGUCUAUCGGUGCGUUUUUCGAGGCUGGUGGAUACCAUCCUCAGUGGCGCAGGGAAGUGGCCACUAGACAUGGUGAUUGUGUAUGCAUUUGACAGUACCACCUCAACCCCAGAUUAUAAAACUGUGGACAAUAUCUUUUGGUUGGUGCAAGAGAAGCUCAUCCGUCUCGUGGAUAGCUGCCUUGGUUACACUUAUGUCAUGUCAACCCCGAACACGUGCACGUCUGAUAUGAAAAUAGUUGAUUCGACCGAUACAGAGUUAAAAGGCUACAGAAAAAGCCCGUCCUGGAGACGGUCCGCCUGCACGAAGAACAUGGCGUCUGGCCUCUCCGAGGCCCACAAACUGAUCAGCUACCGUGGACACUGGAAUAGCAUCAUCUUGCUCUUCUCCGAUGGGCUCAUCAACAAGGGGGACUACUUUGAUGGAGCCAAGGACUUCGUCUCAAAAGUACCUGUCCACACGUUUACUCUCGGCGGAGACGCGAACAACCACGUUCUUCAUGCCAUGGCAAAGAAUUCCCCUGGUGGGAUGUUUCACCCCCUCCAGGUCCCUGAUAAGCCGAAUCUACCGGCACCCUUCUCGCAACUGCUGGACAACAUCCUCAACGGUACCACGAGAUCCACCUAGUCCAAGAUUCCCUAUUCAGCUAGGAGAAACAAGGAGGGGCACGUGAUGAUGAAACCUCCCAGCAGUUGCUGAGGCUGCGAGUCGUCGCCACCUUUGCCACCAAGCAGUAGCUACUCUACCUCCGCCAUUUCGAAUCGUCACCACUCACAUGGCUCACCUACAUAGCAAUAAAUUUGUAAUUUAAAUUUUCGGCCCGUAUCGAAUACGGCAGUCCUAAUUUUCUUCUGCAUAACUUUUUUUUUCCAAUAAUAAUGUAUUAGUUGCAUGAGUUUCCUUUGGUUUUCUUGUAAUCACGCUUUACUCUAUCAAGUUUCCCCUUAA